UCUCCUUGUUACUCUUCGACCGCUGCUGCAACGAAUCACCAUGGACGCCGAAACGAAACAGCAAGCGUACCACACCGAAACAUUCAAUACUGCCGGUGAGGCAAUGAUGAGCUUCAAGCCCAUCAACGCUAUUCAUCAACACCUCUGCGCUUUCCACGUUUACUCACAUGACCGUACUCGCCACAUCGAAGCGCAUCAUUAUUGCAAACAUCUGUCCCCUGACGUUCACCAAUGCGUCAUCUAUGACUCGGAUGAGCCGGAUGCCAGACUCAUUGGGAUCGAGUACAUCGUGUCAGAAAAGGUAUUCGUCAGCCUCCCGGACGAAGAAAAGAAGUACUGGCACACCCACAAGUAUGAGAUUGAAAGUGGCAUCCUCCAAUUGGUCCCCAAGAACUUCGUUCCAGGUGUCAUAACGGACGCCGCCGAACAGCCGGCCAUGCUCGAGCUCCAGAAAACCUACGGCAAGACCAUUCACACUUGGGCAAUCGACGAACACCCAGACCUACCCAUCGGACCUCCUAGCCUCAUGAUGUCUUAUACCCCGGAUCAUCCUCUCGAUCCUGAAGUUGUGAGGAAGAGGGACGAGAAGUAUGGUAUGGAUUCCGAUGCGAAGAGGGAGUUGAGGAAAGGUUACUUACCCCCGUAUCAGACGGUGAAGGGAGCAGAUCAAUGGGAGCAGUCUGGCAGGAGUGUGCAAUUCACUGAGAAGGAGACUGAGGUGAAGAUGUAAUACU